GCAGGCGCAGGUGCAGGGCGAUGUGCGGGCGUCGCAGCUGCAGCAGGAGCUGAGGAUGAAGACUUACGACCUGGAGAGAACGCAGCUGGUUCAUGAUGAGACGGUGAGGGACCUCAGUGCCUCCCGCAUAGACCACGAAAAGCUGCUCAAGAAAACAGAGGUUCUGAAGGAGGAGUACCACCGGCUGGAGGUGUGCGCGGAGGGGAAGGUCACCGAGCUGGAGGGGAAGCUGUGCGAGGCGAGGGAGAAGCUAGACGCAUACGAGAAGCUGGAGAGGGAACUGGAUGAUGUCAUCGUGCAGGCGGCCGAGGUGGAGGAUGAGCGAGAGGCAGAGCGCGUGAUGUUCGCUUACGGCUACGGAGCCAACGUUCCCAGCACCGCGAAACGCCGCAUGCAGCAGAGCGUGUACCUCGCACGACGCGUGCUGCAGCUGGAGCGUGCGAACGCGUCGCUGCGACGGGAGGCGGAGAGGAAGGAGGAGCGGGAGCGGGAGCUGAGCGAGCGCGUGACGCGAACAUCCACCCUCCUCCUGCAGGAGGAGGAGCCGCCGUGUGGCUUCCUAGCCGAGAGGCUGCGCACUCGGGAUGAUGCGGUGCACGGCCAGCGACGCCGCGUCGCCACGCUGGAGGAGGAAGUCAGGAGGCUGACCAGGGAGCGGGACGACCUCGCCGCGUGUAAGAACCGUCUGUCCGCCGACCUCGAGCGUCUGCUGCAGCAGCGAGACGACAUCGCCGCGCUACGACGCGCCAUACUCGACCUCCAGCGCCGCCUAGGUCGCCAAGGCGACGCCGACGCCUCGUCCGGUCGCCGCGGCGAUGACACGGGGUACCUGUCGGGAUGGGAGUCCGGGGGGAGGGUCGCCGGAGCGAACGGGAAGGAGGAGGAGGAGGGGAGGCGACCCGCACCGAUCACAUUCACGAUCGGCAAGUCGACGGUGGAUCGCCAUGGCAACAAGCAACCAGCGUCAGUACCGACGCCGGGGGCCAAGGCGUCUAAGGCGUAUUCGAUCUCGUACUCUUAACAUCACGUCUGCGUUGCCAAUGCUGCAUGUUGUCAUACAGAGCAGACGUACAAUAGCACAGAAGGACGGAUGGACGGCGAUCGCAUUUAAAAAAUAUUUUUUACAUAUAACCAAUGAAGUCUUUCCCACUUGAUUUGUUUAUUGGCUAUUGCGUCGAGCAUUGCGUGUUUCGCGCGAGCGUGGAAUGUUGUUUGUUCUAGGAGGAAGUAUUCAUAUCAGUAAGGAUAUAUUUUUCCUACGUGUGCGGUUUUAUAUUAAUGUGUUUUGUACAUUUUUUAUUUUACCAAGAAUGGUUUCGGCGUAAUUCUCCGGGUGCUGUCGAUGAGUUUUAUAGGCGUUUUAUGCAUUUACUCUAGUCUUUAUAUGGAAGGCUCAUGACAUUUAUGAGUUGCAAUGAGACAAAUGUGCAUUGCAGAAUUUUUUACAGUUCAUACAUGCACGUGUGUUCCGUUUUUAAGUCGGUUAUAAAUUAUCGCAUGUUAUGUAUAAUAUAAUACCCAGGAGUAACAUGAUAUAUACGAUACCGUAUCAUAUCACGUGUAAAUACAUUACAUAUCAUGUACGUGUGCUGAGCAUGAUGAUCAGCCGAUUGCAUGGCGUUUGUCUCUUGAUGAGAGACACUUGUAGAGCUUACAUGUUUUGGUGUAUCUUCUUAGCCGUCAUUAAUAGGAGGUAGUAGAUAUUUUUGUGCAGUGUCAUUGUUAACGUCUUAUUCUUACACCUAGACAGAUACAGUUAGUCUAAGGACACUGUAAUAGGAGUAGAAUUUCAAUUCGCAAAAUAUUCUUUGUAUUACAUCACAAAUUUUAUUACAAGUUGUUUUUCUCAUACAAAUAACGCCUCGACUCUUAUAUUGAGGCAUCAACAUUUUCACAGCAUAGAAGAAGUCACUGUUGACAAUGAGCAAAUAUAUAUAUAUAUAUAUAUAUAUAUACAAGAGCGUAUAAAGAAGGCUUCUUUAUAUGCCUUCUUUAUACGCUCUUGAUAUAUGUAUAUAGCGUAUAGACAGUCUAUGUGACACCUGCUGAACUCUCUCCACCUUGAUGUGUCAUUCACGGCUCAAUUCGACUUGCAUCACCCAUUAGCAUAUAAACAGAAAGGUUCACAUAUAAUACAGUAUCUCGUUCUCGUUAUGUAUGUAUAUAUAUGUGUGUAUAUACAAGUGCAUUUUUACACACGUUAA